GUGACCGAUUUCACAGCGACAAGUAUCCUCUCCUGAAGGAUCCAUUGCACCUCACUGUCAUGCCGCCCUGAUCACACCUAUAAAAAGGACUCCCAGGUAGAUCAUUGGCACAUCCAGCCAAUCACUGGCAACAGUUGCAGCUCUGAGGUAAAGACUACAACAACAUGGCUCGACUAACAAUGUUGGCUGGUCUGUCCGUUUUGAUGUGUCUCCAGAUGGUGUCUUCUACCAAACUGGUGUGCUACUUCACAAACUGGUCCCAGUAUAGACCAGGUGCUGGCAAAUAUCUGCCUGCCAAUGUAGAUCCCAACCUCUGCACACACCUGAUCUACGCCUUUUCAAUAAUCAACCACGCUAACGAGCUGUCGCCCUAUGAGUGGAAUGAUGAUGUCCUCUACAAAUCCUUCAAUGGCCUGAAGAACAGAAACCCCCAGCUGAAGACUCUGCUGGCUGUUGGGGGGUGGAACUUUGGAACAACACAAUUUACCAUCAUGGUAACAUCGGCUGCCAACCGCGAGAGAUUCAUCCAGUCUUCAAUCAGAUUCUUGAGGCUGCAUGGCUUUGACGGGCUGGACCUGGACUGGGAGUAUCCUGGAGCACGAGGAAGCCCACUGGAAGACAAGAAGAGAUUCACAGGGCUCUGCCAGGAAAUACUAGCUGCCUUUGAAAAAGAAGCCGCUGAGACCAGAAAACCACGAUUGCUGCUUACAGCUGCAGUGGCUGCAGGGAAAGGAAACAUCGACAAUGGUUAUGAGAUUGCCGAGGUCUCCAAGUUCCUAGACUUUAUAAAUGUCAUGACCUAUGACUUCCACGGAGCAUGGGACCCGUUCACUGGUCACAACAGCCCUCUGCACCGCAGCUCUUACGAUCAAGGCGACAACAUCUACUACAAUGUGGACUUUGCUAUGAAAUAUUGGAGAGACCAAGGUGCUCCUCUUGAAAAGCUCAUAAUUGGAAUUGCUACGUAUGGACGCACAUUCCGCACAUCAUCAGCAGCUAACGGUGUUGGAGCAUCAACCAGCGGACCAGCCUCUGCUGGGCCCUACACCCGUGAAGCUGGGUUUUGGUCCUACUAUGAGAUUUGCACUUUCCUCCAAGGAGCCAGUCUCCACUGGAUUGAUGAACAAAGUGUGCCCUAUGCCACAAAAGGAAAUGAGUGGGUUGGUUUUGACAACAGGCAAAGCUAUGAGAUCAAGGCACAGUAUUUCAAGGAUAACAAAUUUGGAGGAGCCUUCAUCUGGUCUCUAGAUCUGGAUGAUUUUUCUGGACAGUUCUGUGGCCAGGGAAAAUAUCCACUCAUUAGUUAUCUGCGCUCUCUUCUGGAUUCAGAUUUUCCACCUCCACCGCCUGUAACCACACAUGUACCAGAGAUUACUACAAAUCACCCAGCCAACAGCACAACCACUUCUGCUCCAACCACUUCUGCUCCAACAACCACCGUUCCCCGAACAACUACCACUGACAAAACAACUACCACUGCCGAACCAACAACCACAGGUGUCUCUGGAAGUGGUUUCUGUACUGACAAGUCUGACGGCCUCUACACAAAUGACAUGAACCGCAACUCCUUUUAUCAGUGUGUUCACAGACACACUUACAUCCAGCUAUGUCCAGUUAAUCUUGUUUUCAGUAAAAGAUGCAACUGCUGCGACUGGGCUUAAAUAAAUGUCUUCCUUCAUGAAA